CCUUGCCCUGCAGCUGGAGGGUCAAGCAACCACCCACGUCCCACUGAGCAAAAACAGCAGACACAUGCACAGAGAGGUACAUUCCCUCCGUCUGUGUCACACACACUGUUAGGACCACAUACAGGCAGAGGAACAUAGCUGGGGAACAAGGCAGCAGCUGCACAAGAGGAGUUUGAAGGGAAAUCAGAAGUUUGCUCCAGUAAAGAAGUCACUCCAGCACAGUAAAUUAUUCUGCGUGGACCCACAAGAGGUUGUCUACAGGAUGUGAGUCACACUGCCCUCACAGCUUACACACACAGUGUGUCCAAUGGGUGGGGGGGCCACGAGGCUGUACGCCGCCCUGACUCAGACCCUCAGCAGCAGCUCUCCUCUCGCCCUCCCUUCGUCCCACCUGGACCCGCAUCCUCCCGUGGACACAAACCUGGAUCCAGCUUUCUGCCAGGAGCAGAAGGUGUCCGAUCCAGUGGAGCUGCUUCGACAGUGUGAGGAGGCCCUCGGGGACAGACCACCUCGCUUCCACAGGAAGUUCACUCACAUCAGUGAUGGAGACAGCGCCCCCAGCAGCCCCAUCAGGGUGAUGCAGUGGAACAUACUGGCCCAAGCUCUGGGCGAGGGACUUGACAGUUUUGUCCAGUGUCCCCCGGAGGCCCUCAGGUGGUCCCGCAGGAAGUACCUCAUCUUAGAAGAGAUCCUCACCUACCGACCUCAUAUCCUGUGUCUGCAGGAAGUCGACCACUACUAUGACACCUUACAGCCGGUCCUGGCAGGCCUGGGUUACAGCAGCAACUUCUGCCCUAAACCCUGGUCGCCCUGCCUGGAUGUGGAGGGCAACAACGGCCCCGACGGCUGCGCGCUGUUCUUCGAUCAGUCGCGAUACGAGUUCGUGGACAACGCCAACGUACGGCUCUCUGCUAUGAGAAUUCCAACCAAUCAGGUUGCUGUGGUGAUGAUGCUACGCUGUCGGAGCACAGGGAGAUGCCUGUGCGUGGCCGCGACUCACCUGAAGGCUCGUUCUGGCUGGGAGUGGCUCCGCAGCGCCCAGGGCUCCGACCUCCUGCGACACCUCCAGAAUCUGGUCCAGAAACACGGCAGCGGGCCCACGGGUGCCCCUAACUCUGACAUUCCUCUGCUCGUAUGUGGCGAUUUCAACGCAGUCCCCACUGAGGAGGUGUACCGACGUUUCACAGCGUCGCCACUCGGUUUGGACUCUGCUUAUAAGAAACUCAGCCAGGACGGAUCGACCGAGCCGGUGUACACGACGUGGAAGAUUCGGCCCACAGGGGAAUGCUGCACCACUCUGGACUACAUCUGGUACAGUCAGGACACACUGAGAGUGGACGCAGUUUUGGACAUGCCCACUGAGGAACAGAUUGGGCCAAACAGGCUUCCUUCCUUUAGCUAUCCGUCAGACCACCUCUCUCUGGUUUGUGACUUCAGCUUUAAGGAGAAGGAGUGAAAUGACGUACCGACACACGGGAAGGGACGACGCUGUGGACAGGUCGGAUUCACUGAACGAGGAAGCGCACAGAAGAGACGCCACGUCCAAGUGAAAGGGAGAGGAUGAAGACGGCACGCCGAGAGUUCAUACUGCCAACAUACUAGAGUGACUUAGAAUAAAGUGUUUGUGCUGUA